AUGUUUUCCGCUGAAGGACACUCGUCCUUCGACUUUCUUUUGGGAACAAGCUUGUUCAAAAAUCGUGUUCAUUUCAUCCACCCAAGAAUCUCUCAUUGGAGCACAGUGCAUCUUAAAGAUGGUCGAGAUCCAGUUAGAGAACUUGAUAAAGUUGAAGCAUCUGCAGUUCAAUUGCUGAACCAGCAGAGAGAUGUCAAUAAUCUCCUCGAUGGCUGCUUUAUCUUUCGAUGGAAGCAAACUGAGAAGGAUGUCCUUCAAAGUUUGGAACAUGACAACGAUAGAGGAGUUGCCGGAAAUGGAUCUCUUCGAAUCCAUGAUGGAGUUGAUCUCGGAUUUGAUCGAAGACCAGUAUUUAUCUCCUUGAAGCUUCUUCCGCUUUCCACGCUCUCCGUCAAGGUUUGGUCUAAAUUGCAACUGAGGCUCGAACAGGAUGUCGUGUCUCAGCUGCGGGUUCUUCAGAAUCUCGUGAAGAUCGAUCUCGUGCAUCGAUUGGAGGUUCACGGGAGGCAGAAGAACCUUUUCAGAAGGUUGUUGGUGCUGCAGGUCAUCAAUGAGCAACUUGCUUUGCUUACAGGAUGGAAUCCAAAUAUUUGGCAAAGAGCGCGAUCUAAACCGCUUGGAGAUUGGCAAAUUGUUAGCAAGCAAAGAUGGAGAAGAGACGACCGUGUCCGGUGGGGUAUUUCUGCGGACGUGGAAGGCGAAAGAAGGUUCUCGGUUGAUGCGGAGCCCACUUCGGUAGACGAUGGGACUUGUGAUGAAAAAGUGACGUUUGAGUCAUUGUGUGGGUUGGUGGGUGUGGAGGGCGUCUUCAACAUGGAGGCAUCAAGGUUGGUGGGCACCACCACUGAUGGCCUUCUGUUUUCCACCACUUCCAUGGCAUCCGGCACUUGUUCGGACGGCACGACGGAGGAAGACUCCUUUGCAAACACGUCUUUGAAGUGGGGCGGAUGCUCUAAUUCUUGA